AUGACUGAAUCAAUUUCUGCACAUAAAAAUAAUAUUAGACCCCCAUUCCCUCCAGUCAUAACGGCUCAAGAUCUCAUUCCAACAGAUAUUUCAUCUAAUAAAGUAGAAUCGGUGAGAAUUCCUAAUGCUUUUAUAGCUUAUAGGAUGGCGUUAGUCAGACAAUUAAAAUCACAAAAAGUAGCAUGUCACCGAUCGAACGUUUCAUCGCUCGCGAGUCGUUUAUGGGCCGAAGAACCUGAAGAUGUUAAAAAUACUUAUCGAAAGAUGGCUACAGACGCGCAAAUGCUACAUAAUCAAGCUCGUGGCUUAACAUUUCUCUCUUACGAACAAUCAACUUCAAGUGAUAAUGUUAUGCAAGAUGAGACCAAUUCAGAGAAUAUAAACAAUAAUACGACUCAAGACAUUGAAGCCGAACUUCUCGCGUUAUUAAAUUUACAAAGUUUACAAAUUCAACCAUCUUUACCACAAGGCAAUCCAAUGAUAACAUCACCAAUGUAUUACGACAAUAAUCCUCCCACGACAACUUCGGUCACGGGUCCGUUCGAUCACUACAAUCUUGGAAAUAAUUAUAAUGGGAAUUUUAUAGGUAAAGGAGUUUAUGAGAGAAGCCUUGAACAAAGGAUCCAAAUUUUAGAGCAACAGAUGGCAUUGUUUUACCAAUUGUAUUAUGGUGUAGUGUAA